UGGAGAUAAAGCUUUGCCUUUUUCUUUCCUCUGUGUUUCAAAUUUUCUCAUCUUCAUUAGAUUAUAACUUUACUCUUUUUUCCUCUCAUCUUUACCUGGUAAUUGUUUUCCUUUUUUCGUUAAUUUGUGUUCUAAUUUUAUUGUAAGUUGGACAUUAAGAGGAAAUUUUCAAUCAUCAUUUAAUCUUCAACAAACAUUCCGUCUCUUCAUUAUUGUUUCAACAAAAUUCGAAUUGUGAAAAAAAACCACCAAAAUUUCACCGACAACUUUUUUUUCCUUAAUUUAAAUAUUCGCCUAAUCUCAUCUCUUCUUCUCUUCUUCUCUUUUUCUUUUUUCAUUGCAAUUGUGACACAGUUUUUUCUUCUCUCUAUUUCUCCAUUAACAUUGUGACUCAAAUUUCCAACACUGGCCAUAAGUUAAUCAAUCUUUUUUUUUGUUACAUAUUUUUUUUCUUCUCUCGCAUAAUUACUCUUACAUUUUAAAAUAAUGUUCAUCUUGUCAUUAUUUUUGUGGUUAUCCAUUUUGACUCGGGAUAGUUUCGGUCAAAAUGAAAGUAUUUUUCAAUGGGUUUCAAAAGCUGGUAAAUAUACCAAAUUCCUUGAACAAUUAAGAAUUGAUAAUCCAAAGCUGACGCAGGUUAUCAAUUCUAAUUUUCUUGAAGUGACCGCUCUCAUACCCGAUAAUAAUGCUUUCUUACGAUUUGGUAAAUCUUCUAAUGACUUAAUUGCUGCCCAUCUUCUCACUAACUCCUAUAACACGGAUAGCCUUCUUAAAUUGGAAAAUGUUGCCUCUUAUGAUGUUAAACGGCCAAAACUUCGUUUCACCAGUGGAUUUAGCAAAACUACUAAUAAAACUGAAGUUUAUGUUCUAAAUGCUAGAAUCUUGGAAAGCCAUAAAGUAGGUGAUUCAAUGGUGCAUAUUAUCGAUCGUGUUCUAGACCCACCUAAAGCUACAUCCCCUGUUGCCCCUCUCGCUGUUGAAUGGAUUAACAAUCAUAAUAUUUACCCAAGUAUCCAAGUUAGAGGCGGUGUAGAUGCUUUCUCAUCUCUCAUCAACUCAACUAACGCGGCACAAUAUUUCGACUGUUUAGCUUGUACCUUCUUUGUUCCAACUCAAAUUGAUUCGGGAACAGCAAACCUUAUCAAUCGUAAUGUUAUCAUUGGACACAUUAUCCCAAAUCAUGUUCUUUUCUUGCGAUCUAUGAACAAUACCACCCCUUAUAAAACUAAGGCUGAUUCAAAUGAAUUAAGUGUACAACUUUUCAAAGAGGUUCGAGGCCUUGAUGAAAGUGCUGUUUCUUACAUUCAUUCUUCAACUAAAGGUACCUUAAAAAGUAUGCGACUUGGAAACACAAGGGUUAAGGUUAUUCAAGGAGAUAUUCCUGUUAGCAAUGGUGUUGUUCAUAUUAUUGAAAAGCCAUUGAUCAUUACCGACAUGUCUGUUUUGGAUUACCUUAAAGAAGAAAGCUCUACAUCUUUAUUGAAAUUCUUCAACCUCAUUCAAGAAUUUUCUAGCCUACGAUCAUAUUAUUCACGUGGUGAUGCUAGCCGACCAUUAACCUUGUUUGCCUUUACCAAUGAAGCCUAUGAAUCGGUUAGGAAUGAUAUCAAUAUUCUUGCUCGAAAUAGAACUGCUAUGGAAGAGUUAAUGAAAUUACACUUUGUCGAUAAUGAAGUUAUUACUUCUCAAAAUGCUGCUACAAUCAAGGAAAAAGCUUCACUUGCCCCAAACAAAAAGUUAUACUUCUCGGUUGCUGCCGAUCGAUUAUACGUUGAAGGUGAUGGUGUUAAAGCCGCAACAGUCUUACAAGAUAUCGCUUGUACCAAUGGUGUCAUUCAUGUGAUCAAUAAGGUUCUUGGUAUUCCCAGUUCCCCAAUCAAAGAUAAACUUCGAGAAGAUCCUCAAUUACGAACAACUUUCACCGUUGCUGAAAAAAUGCGAUCCGAUUGGAUUAACAAAUUAGGUAAUUCUGCUAAAAACUUCACCUUAUUCGCUCCAUCUGAAGCCGCUUGGAAAAAACUUGCUGAGGCUGACCCAUCAUCUCACAAACAAUUGGUAGACGGUCUUUAUGCUGACAAUGCCAUGAACAUCCUUAACCGACAUUUGGUUGAAAAUCAAGCCAUUUCAUUGGAAAAUUUGAGUUCAAUGCUGGUUGUUAAUACCGUAAACUCACAACUUCAAAUUGAGACCAAAGCUUUACCAGGAGAUCAAAAAGUUAUUCUUAAAUACAUGCAACUUAAAAGUACCAUCGUUCGACCUGAUAUCAAAGCAAUAAAUGGUUACAUUCAUGAAAUUGAUACAGUCCUCAUGCAAGAUUCAGACCUUAAAGUUGACCCAUCAGCAGUGAGAAGCUCAGCACCAUUUACUUGUGUCAGUCCAGCCAUAAUUUUUAUCUCAUUCGCAGCUUAUAUUCUCAAAUUAUUCUAGAAAAUCUCAUUUUUAGCAAAAUUUUAAAAAAUGAAGACCCAAAUUGACCAAAUGUUUUCAACAAAAACUGUAACUUUUAAAACUGUAAUAAAUGACUCUAUGAAGACCUUGGACAAUUUAUAUAAA